AGCUGCUGAGGAGGCUGUUCUAAGUUACGCAGAGGAAGUUGAUGCAGAGUCUAAUCGUGAAGACGCCAUACACAACCUUGAAGAAAACGCGAAAAUAACAGAGACUGACGGUGAGGAACCACUGCCAGAACCAGAAGCAGAACCUCAUGAACCACAAGCAUCAUACGAGGACUACAAUGCUGAGACGACGGAUGUGGCUCCCGAACCGGAACCCGAACCAGAGCACCAAACAGAGCGAAUCACAGAACUACGACUACUAUGAAUACGACCACUACGCUGAUGUGGACUACACGGAAGGAGUGGACCAGCGUUUCAGCGGCAGCAACGCGCAUGUGAUCUUCGCUGUGCCCGUCACUGAGUACAUUCCAGAAGACACAACACAGAUAAACCUGGAUGAGGAAGCCACAGAAGAGGUCAUAGAGCAGGCAACAGAAUUCUUCCCCACCACGGAGGACUUCGCAGAGGAGGCCGAUACCGAGGUCACAACCGAGUACACAGCACCAACAGAGGACGAUUCCAUGAUGAAGGAAACGAUGGAUGAAUUAAUAUUAGAAAGAUCAACAACGCCGUUAGUUGACGAAAAUACCACACUAAAUCCAUUUGAAUCUGAUUCUGACGCUGUAACCACAGUGCCUACAACCGAAUUGGGUACACUCGACCUUGGGACUACCACGACAUCCCGACCUGCCUCCUUACGGCCCCUCCACACCCGUCUCCAAGAAGUGGCCAAGAAAGCUGUGCACCCGACCGACAAGAAGGACACCCGGUCACCCAAAAUCCUGAGCGAAUCCACCAUCCGAGAGGUGCACGCCUCAGACCCAGUCAUCUGUUUCCGCGACAACCGCUGCUUCAGGACCAGGGGGCUCAGGCGACGGCGAGCUGCACGCCGCUCAGCCUCAGGUCCUGCUCUACCGCUCAGCCCCUGAGAACCUGAGACCAAGGGCUCAGCGCUCACUCAGACCUCAAUAAGUCCCGUGUUUCAUGCCAUCUUUUGAACCCAGUAUUUUUAAGACGAUGAUAAGCCAAAAUCAAGUUAUCUUUAAGAUUAGGAGACAGGUAGCCGUAACAAUCUUGUACAUAUACAGUAUCAGUAUAGUUUAUUUGCACAUCAUCCCUUUAAUGUAUGCGCGAGUAACAUUCUAGUUGUACAUUUUAUAAUACAGAUAUGUGUGUACUUGCAUAUGUGU